GAAAGAUCGAGCCCUUUUCUCUAAAUAAUUAAAUAAUUAAUUAAUGCAUCGAAGAUCCAACAAAUUCAUCCUCCAAUUUCCCCCAUCGACGACUUCUCGAGAACAAGAAAAACAAAAAAACAUAAAUCUAGAGAGAGAAACACGAAUCUAGAGAGAGAAACACGCCAAACGAACCAGAAACGGGAAGUGCGUGUGUUUUGUGUGAAAAACAGAGAGUUCGAGAGGUGCAUUAAUGGCGGAGGAUAUAAUAAAGGAGAAGAAAUCUCCGACUAGCAGCAGCAGCAGUAAUGAAGAGAUUGUAAAGCUAUUUGUCGGUCAAGUACCGAAGCAUAUGACCGAAGCUCAGCUUCUGUCCAUGUUUAAAGAGUUUUCUCUCGUCGACGAGGUCAACAUCAUUAAGGAUAAAACCACGCGCGCCUCGAGAGGCUGUUGUUUUGUGAUUUGUCCAUCCAGGCAAGAAGCAGAUAAGGCUGUUGAUGCUUGCCAUAACAAGAAAACUUUGCCCGGGGCAUCUAGUCCGUUGCAAGUGAAAUAUGCAGAUGGCGAAUUGGAAAGGCUAGAACACAAACUGUUUGUUGGUAUGCUUCCAAAAAAUGUUUCUGAAGCUGAAUUAUCUGAUUUAUUCUCUACUUAUGGGACUGUAAAGGACUUGCAAAUUCUUAGAGGCUCGCAGCAAACGAGCAAAGGCUGUGCUUUUUUGAAGUAUGAGACAAAAGAUCAAGCCCUUGCUGCUCUGGAGGCCAUCAAUGGGAAGCAUAAAAUGGAGGGUUCAAGUGUGCCUUUGGUUGUGAAAUGGGCAGACACAGAGAAGGAGAGGCAGGCUCGGAGGGCUCAGAAAGCACACUCUCAGGCUUCUAAUAUGCCAAAUGCUGAUUCACAACACCCUUCAUUGUUUGGAGCCUUGCCGAUGGGGUAUGUUCCCCCUUAUAAUGGAUAUGGAUAUCAGGCUCCUGGAACGUAUGGAAUCAUGCCAUACCGCUUACCACCUUUACAGAGUCAACCUGCUUAUCAUGGUGUUAUUCCUCAGGGGAAUGCAUUGCGUGGAGGAAUUAGACCUGAUCUUGCCUCUAAUAUGGGCCCUAGAAAUUAUGCGAUGCCUCCUGUAAGUUACGUUGGCUCUGCUUAUCAUGCGGUACCAGGUGCCCAGUAUCCAGUGGCAUAUCCUGGAGGAAUGAUGAGUCACCGGCCUUUAAACAGUUCACCUGGUGCAUUAUCACCCACGAUUUCAAGCAGUAAUUCUGCAACCGCUUCCGGUGUCAGUUCAAGUUCUGUAGGUCAAUUAGAAGGUCCGCCUGGUGCUAACUUAUUCAUUUAUCACAUACCUCAAGAUUAUGGUGACCAAGAGCUUGCAAAUGCUUUUCAACCAUAUGGCAAAGUCUUGAGUUCGAAAGUCUUCGUUGACAAAGCAACUGGGGUUAGCAAAUGUUUCGGAUUUGUUAGUUACGAUUCAGCAGCCGCAGCACAAACUGCAAUUAAUAUGAUGAAUGGAUGCCAAUUAGGUGGUAAGAAAUUGAAAGUUCAGCUUAAGAGAGACAAUAAACAAAGUAAACCAUAUUGAUCAGAAGGUUAGUGAUGGAAGCACGCAGAUUUCAAUGUGAUAUGCGGUCGCAUUCAACCUGGAUUAAAGGGAGUGACUGCGGUAUCUACAUUUGGGAUGGAUGGAUAAUCUAUGCUCAUGUGCUUUGUCCCACCUGUGUAAUUGCUUCAAGGGAUCAUAAAUUCCUGAAACUUGUAAUUCAUGGUGCAUCAUGCACCCAUACGAUUUGUAAUUUAUGUACCAUGAAAGUUCUUUUAGAGAGCAUUUAUUCAUUUAUUGAUUCUUCCUCAGAGAACCUCUGUUUACAUAAUGUGGCUGAAAGAUCCAUUCAGUUUGUGUC